UCCUCACAGAAACAAUUGAAGUCAUCCGUACCUUACAGUUCGCCAAGGGAUCAAACAGGUGUUUUAAUGUCCCGUCGAGGAAGGCGUUCAACGAAAUGGAGUUAUCCUACGGACAGUGUUUGGGACGAGUCCUGAUUUUGACUGCUGCGCUUCUGUCACCUGCGUUCACGGUCCUGGGCAGUGACAUCCUCGGCCUGAAGGUGGCAGGAGAGCCAGUGCUUACCCCCAAUGCAGUGUGUUUGCGACUGGCAGGCCUGACCAAAAAACAGAUGCGUCUGUGUGUGCGCAGCCCUGAUGUCACAGCCUCUGCUCUGCAGGGCAUUCAGGUUGCUAUUCACGAAUGCCAGCACCAGCUCAAAGACCAGCGCUGGAACUGCUCCUCUCUGGAGAACCAUGGCAAGUUGCCCCAUCAGAGUGCCAUUCUCAACAGGGGGUUCAGAGAGAGCGCCUUCUCGCUUUCUCUGCUCGCUGCAGGUGUUGUGCAUUCGGUGGCUUCGGCUUGCAGCCUGGGUAAAUUGCGCGGGUGUGGCUGUGAGGCGAAGCGACGCCUAGACGAUGACAAAAUCCGUCAAAAGUUAACCCAGCUCCAGCUUCAGACGUUUCAGAGGAGUGGGAUGAACGCAGCAGGUGCAGGAGAGAACUCGCCUGAGUUCAGUUCACUCCGCAGUGGACUUCCAGCCAGUUUAGGCUCCUCCCACCCUGUCAAUCUCCUCAAACCCUUACCAGAUGAAGUGUCAACGCUGCAGGACACCUGGGAGUGGGGAGGUUGUAGUCAUGAUGUACGUUUUGGUGUGCGGUUUUCAAGGGACUGGUUGGAUUCCAGAGGAUAUCCACGUGAUAUACACGCCCGCAUGCGGAUCCACAAUAAUAGAGUUGGCAGACAGGUAGUUACUGACAACAUGAGAAGAAAGUGCAAGUGUCAUGGCACAUCCGGUAGCUGCCAGUUCAAGACCUGCUGGUAUGUCUCACCUGAAUUUCGGCUUAUAGGAUCCCUUCUGCGAGAAAAAUUCCAAACUGCCAUUUUCAUAAACUCUCAGAACAAGAACAACGGUGUUUUCAACACUCGUGUUGCGGAGUCCACCGGCUCGGAGCAGGUCAGAAGCCGACGGCGAAGCAUGUCGAGUGAGUUGGUCUACUUCGAGAAGUCACCUGACUUCUGCGAUCGUGAGCCGGCGGUGGAUUCGCUGGGCACGCAGGGUCGAAUUUGUAACAAAAGCAGCCCCAGCAUGGACGGCUGUGGGUCUCUAUGCUGCGGCCGCGGACACAACAUCCUCAAACAGGCGCGCAGUGAACGAUGUAACUGUCGCUUCCAUUGGUGCUGCUACGUGCUCUGUGAUGAGUGCAGGGUCACAGAGUGGGUUAAUGUGUGCAAAUGAACGUCACUUAUGUCCAAUGCCCUUAUUGGAGCAAGAAUCUAUACACUGUCACACUAAAUGUGACCGCCUGUGUGUUUUGCUCUCAGAAUGCGAUUAUCCAUUUCUCUCCUUCCUUUAACCUCCAUCAUCUGGGAUCAAUUUGUGUUGUGUUGCUGUUGCUAUUCUCGAAAUGCCAAGUCAGGGAUUGAAGGAGGUGACUCAUGUCGUUUGUUUUCUCUCUCUCUGUGGAAUCUUCAAGCGCUAGAACCAAGCAAAUGCCCCAACACCAUCCGCACUUCUCAAAUACAGCAGGCAAACAAAAUUCAUGCAAAAUACUGUAUAGACUAAACUACAGUCUCCCUUUUUACAUUUGGAAAAGUGCACUUAAUGUAUAUUCCUCGGCUUGGCAAAAGACAUUUAUGUUGUAAUUGUUUUGGAUGAUAAAACAGCAGCUAAGUUGUGGUAACAUCUCAAUGUUUUUUUGGGAGUCUUGGGACAAAGAAUGUUCAUUGCUCAAUGCUCUGAUUUUGGUUGGAUUUUUAUGAAAACCAGGAAAAUUGAGAAGUUGAUAUGCUGCGUAACCCCAUCCUAACCCCUACAGAGGCUGACCAAUCGCAGCGGAGAGACUGGAGAACACUUGUGCCCCCUGUGGAUUUUGUGCAGCUGAUUGGAAACAGUCACAUCUCCUCUCAUAGAGGAACUGGUGAACAAUAUCGGAUGCCAGAUGCCUUUGAUGCGAAGAUGGAAGACAUAUUCUCAAUUCCUACGUUUAAUUGUAUUUAAACAGCUGCCAUCGUAGCUACAAUCAUAUUCAUCAAACUGCUGUUUACGAUGUAACCUUUUAUCGUUUCGUGCGGCCAA